AUGGCGCAGGCAGCCCUGUCCGGCACCUUUCUGGGGGCCGCUGCCUCCUUGCAGGGCCGCACAUCACGCCAAUCGGCAUCUCGGCGCCUCGCUGUGAGCGUCAGGGCCGAUAAGGCCUUGAUCGUGAACACAAAGGGCGGCGGCCAUGCCUUCCUGGGCCUGCACCUGGCCAAGAAGCUGCUGAGCGCCGGCCAUUCGGUGACCAUCUUGAACGACGGUGACAAGGAGAAGCUGUCCGGCAAGGCGCCCUUCAGCCAGUACGCCUCGCUGGCGGGCGCGGAGGUGGUGUGGGGCAGCCCCACCGACCCCGCCACCUACCCGGCGGGCGCCUUUGACGUCGUGUACGACAACAACGGCAAGAACCUGGAGUCGUGCCAGCCCCUGAUCGACCACUUCAAGGGCAAGGUGAAGCACUAUGUGUUUGUGAGCUCGGCGGGCGCCUACGCCGCCAACAGCGUGGAGCCGAUGCAUGUGGAGGGGGACAAGCGCAAGGCGUCGGCAGGCCACGUGGCUGUGGAGGGGUACCUGGAGGAGCAGCAGCUGCCCUACACCGUCUUCCAGCCCCUCUACAUCUACGGCCCCCACACCGCCAAGGACUGCGAGCAGUGGUUCAUGGAGCGCAUCCUCAGGUGUGGUCACUUCAACCUCUGCUCAGACCGCUGCAUCACCUUUGACGGCAUCGUCAAGGCCAUCGCCGCCGCUGCGAGCAAGGAGGCCAAGAUUGUGCACUACAACCCCGCUGAGAUGGGGCUGGGCAAGGGAGAGGGCUUCCCCUUCCGCGCGGUGCACUUCUUCGCCUCAUCCGACAAGGCCAAGCGCGUGCUGGGCUGGCAGCCGCAGCACAACUUCCUGAAGGAUGUGGAUCAGCUGGUCAAGGACUUCCAAGCCUCGGGGCGCCUGGACAAGCAGCCCGACUUUUCUGUGGAUGACAAGAUCCUGGCUGCGGUGGGCUACAAGGCAGAGGCGCUGGUGUGA